CUGCUUUCGGGUCUUCUAAAUUUACCCGUAUUUUCAUUCAAUUCAAUUCAAAUCAAAUCCUCGAAACUCAAGAUACUCCAGAGCCUCCAGGGAAGCAAAGAAUGGCGACAAUCAGUCUCCGCAAGGGCAACACUCGUCUCCCACCCGAAGUGAACCGCGUUCUCUACGUUCGGAACCUCCCCUUCAAUAUCUCCUCCGAAGAGAUGUACGAUAUCUUCGGCAAAUACGGCGCCAUACGGCAGAUUCGUAUCGGCACGAGCAAGGACACACGUGGCACGGCCUUCGUCGUUUACGAAGACAUCUACGACGCCAAGACCGCCGUCGACCACUUGUCAGGCUUCAACGUCGCAAACAGAUACUUGAUUGUUCUGUAUUACCAACAGGCUAAGAUGAGCAAGAAGUUCGAUCAGAAGAAGAAGGAGGACGAGAUUGCUAAGAUGCAGGAGAAGUACGGAGUAUCUACAAAAGAAAAGUGAUGGGUAUCGGUUUUCUUUUUUUUUCUUUUUUUUUUUUUCCAAAUUGGCUCAUGGGUCUCAAUACGUGUAUGGUUAUUGGAUAUUAUUGCCUGAGAACUGGAGAUUUUAUGAUGAGCUGGUUAGUUAGAUUUGUGUAUAUGAACUUGUGUUGUUAAUUUGCGGGUUAUUUGAUAUGGGAUGUUAUGAUAAUUCAGUGAAGAUUAUGUGUUUUUUGUUUGGAAA